UUUGCGAAAACAUUGACAGUGAAUUGCGGUGUUUUGUUCCGGGAUGUUUCAAUCGUUUUCAUCACCUGCAUUUGAAAUGCCACCCACAGCACAAUCACUCCAUUAUCCAUAAUAACUGUAAUAGAUACCACAGUGCAAUCCGCCAAAUCCUUCCUCCAACGAAAUGAACAGAAUCGGAUGUGUGUAAAAUUUUCUAUAUUUCGACGUUACCUUGCAAGCCCUUGAAGAAUAAAUGUCUAGAUUUUCAAUUAGUGCGAAAGAUUCGCCAGGCUGCGCGAUAACUGGAGUAACUUAGAAGUGAAAUCCCGAUCUGAACUGGUCGUUUGUUUAUGUUUACAUGCUUGAAUCCCGGCGCGCCAUACUUAAUUUCGUGAGAAAAUUACCAACACAACCAAAACUGUCUUACUACGCCACCAGUGUAUUUUACGUCGUGCAUUAGUCCUAGGCAUGAGUCAUCCGAAGAUACAUUUUUAAUCCUAAAGUAUAAUGAAGUAGUUCUCGGGUACAAUUUGAGUCAACAUCCAGUAAACUUGGAAAAAUGUCUUCAGCUCGACAAUCUGUCGAUAAUCUGUAUAAACAACAAGAUUUCUAUAUUGGAUUAUCCUUGGCUCUGUCCAGUAGUUUCUUUAUCGGAGCCAGUUUCAUUAUCAAGAAAAUUGGUUUAAUUCGAUUAUCCAGAGUUGGUUCACUUCGUGCGAGUGCUGGCGGGUUUGGCUAUCUGAAGGAUUGGAUAUGGUGGGCUGGUUUGAUCUGUAUGGGCAUCGGUGAAGCGGCAAACUUUGCAGCAUACGCAUUCGCACCGGCAUCACUUGUUACACCACUCGGAGCUCUGAGCGUUAUCGUAACAGCCGUAUUGGCCUCAAAGUUUUUAAACGAACGACUCAACCUGCUUGGAAAGCUUGGAUGUUUUUUGUGCAUCAUAGGUUCUACCAUCAUCGUAAUUCAUUCACCCAAAGAAGGUGAAAUUGACGAUCUGAAUCUGCUUCUGGAUAAGCUUCAAGAUCCAGCGUUCAUUACCUAUGUGCUAGCUAUCCUUACGCUUUCCUUGUUUAUUGGAUGUUGCUGUGGACCACGCUAUGGACAUAAAAACGUAAUAGUUUAUAUUCUACUAUGUUCUGCCAUUGGCAGUCUAACGGUUAUGUCCUGCAAAGCGCUUGGAUUAGCUUUGCGGGAUACCAUCUCCGGCAAAUCGAACGAUUUCGGCAUGUGGUUGCCGUAUUUCCUUAUCAUCAUAACAGUAGUGUUUGUCGGCAUCCAGGUAAAUUAUUUAAACAAAGCUUUGGACAUUUUCAAUACUAGUAUCGUCACACCCAUCUACUACGUGAUUUUCACCACGCUGGUUAUAACGGCAUCAGCAAUUCUGUUCAAAGAAUGGGGUGGUAUGAAAGCGGAAGAUAUACUCGGUGACAUAUGCGGAUUCUUCGUUGUUAUCAUCGCAGUCAUACUACUAAAUGCUUUCCGCGAAAUGGAUAUCAGUUUAAGUGAUGUGAAAGGUAUUAUGCGACCAAAGCGAGAGUUACUACAGUCUUACAAGGACCAGUUCGACGAGUUUUUGGCCGAGUCAGACGGAAAUGGCUCGCAGAAACAUUAUGGCACGGGAGACUACCGAAGUGUUUGAUAGUUUGAGCAAUCGAAUGUGUGUUUGGUAGAAUAGGGACUGACUGAUAUUUUUGCAUUGCUUUAUAAUAAAAAGUAAUUGAAAAUGCCUUGGAUUCAA